CCGCCUUUAUAGUAGGUACCCACGUUCAAAAUAUUUACCAUGCAAAUAAAAUGAACAGAUAAGUUCGCUCGUGCUACAAACAUAGUGUAGGCUGUAGAUCGUCUAGUGAUAACAUUACUCUCUCGAAUUUGUGGCAGGACAGUUAUCAACGGAAUUCUCUUACGUCAUGGCCAUUUCUAUGUCUAAAGACACGUGUAUUAAAGCGUGAAUAACAUGAUUGAUUUGUAUGAAAGAAAGUGCUAAAAAUUAACAGUGAGUUGACAAGCGCAGCUCAGGGUGCGCAGAACCAUUUAUUAGCCCUAUAAAGGCAGUAGAAGCAUUCGCGCCCCAUUCACAAGUCCGACGCCGCUAUCCCCGCCGGUAGCUUGACAACUUACCCUAACUUUCCUGCGAACUCUAUCUGUGGACUUUUGUUGGGAACACGAUGAAAUUGUUUCUGUACGUCGGUGCCGUGAUGUUAAUGUGCGAUGCGAUCAACGGGUUUUUCUUGCCGGAGUUGGGCCGUAGUCGUCAAAGAAUAUCGACGCGUGGCGUUUCGUGGUAUCAGAGGGGAAGGCGGGUUGAAAGGCCUACACACCGAGUAAUAGAUCCUAACGAAGACUGUUUUCUGAUGACAUCCGACGAGGGAGAAAUAUUUUUCAAGUCGCCAUCAGACGAGCCAAUUGUGUGCGGCAUUUACAUGAUAGCGGACCCUGAUCAACGAAUCCAGGUUACGUUCAACUACCUGGAUGUGCCCUGCGAGAAUGGAGGAUUGGUUGCAUGGGUGGACGGCUGGGAGUUGAACGGGCAGGUGUGGCCAGCAGACGCCUGGGACGACGACCGGGUGGUCGAAACCUGCGACCGCCGUCCGCCACACAAGCUGGUGGCGCGCCAGAACGCGGCGCUAAUACAGUACCGUGUCCCGGCCAGGGGCAAGGGAUUCGCCAUCACUGUACGCCAUCUAAAAAAUCCGAGACCUUGCAACGUGAUGAUGUUCGGAUCCGAGGGUAUUUUCACCCUUCGCAACCACGGCGCGACCGGCAACUGCUCCCUCAUCACCAUAGCCCCGGCUUCGGUGCGGGUGCUGGACCUCAACGUCGGGCAGGCCGUCAAAACCCACUCCCUGCUUGACUUAGAAACCGGGACCUUCAGUCAGUGCAAAAAGCGGGGAUUGCCAGACUUCGUGGACAUCGGUGGCGCCGGGGGGCUCGAUCACACCAAGAUGGAAGUCUACGACAGCAUGUGUGGGCUCGAUUCCAAAGAAGCACGCCGCCCGCUACUCAUCGCCUGUGAAGACACCGUGGUGCGACUGGUAUCCAGCGGUCGCUUCCACAACUCCGUGACCCUGGCCUUCAACCCUCUCGCUGCCGAGGACAUCGAGCACGCUGACCUGAUCUGCGGCAUGGACGCGAUGAACGAGGUGCCCGAUAUCUAAACCGACCUACGUGACACCUGCUUGAGCCGUGGCACUGUAUUGUUAAGUUCCUUACAGUAGCAUUUAGUUUGUUAAGAGUAAAAGUACCAGUAAUGGUUUUAUCUUUGCAUUUUUUACAAGCUUAUAGUUUAACUAUUAAUCUACGUAGGAAUUUUAUAUUUAUUGAAGAUGAUUUCAUAAGGUAAUUUAAGCAUCAAUUCAGUCGCGAAUUUACAUCGAUAGUAGUUUUGCGUCAGCCCACAGGCCACAAUUUAAUAUUGUCGGAGCUAGGUGCCCCAUUAGCGUGUUCUUGGGCAGUGAAUGUGUUAACUACUCACUGUUCAACAUUUCUUGUUAGCAAAGUAUCAAAUCAACGCACUCUGAAAAACUGGUUCUUCUAAUUACUUCAAUGGAAGUGCGAUGUCAUAAAAUUACCGCAGUUGGAGCAUCUGCAUCCAAACUUAAAGUUUAAACAGUUUUAAUGCCAAACACAACUCUCAAACUUAAAAGGUGUGUUCGACACCUUGAAUCGAAUUAAAAAUAAACAAAUUUUGAAUACUGAUUAUAUUAUUUGUUUGGUGCUACGGCUCUCAGACUAAGCGAUCCAAAAUGUUCCGAUACCAAAAUAUCAAAAUGUCAUUAUUGGUUUGAGAAAAUGUUGCAAAUGGAGUUUAAAUACACGCUGGAUAUCAACUGUGUAAAGUUUUUGCUAUAAGUACUUUUGUAGAUGUUUCAGUCAAUUCUGUUAGUAGUCACAUAUAAUAGCAUCAACCAAGUUGUGUUUAGGUAGUUGUGGUUUGGAUAUGUAAAGUCCAAUAGAAAUUGCAGAUAAUGUGGUAGGUAAACAACUGACAGAAUUCGUUAGCAUCUGACGUAUAACCUAAAAGUUUUACGAUGGUUGUUUUCAUUGAAAUAUUAAUAAUUAACAUGUAUUUAACUAGUAAUUGAUAUAAAAAAAAGGUUAAAGUAUAUAAACUAUUGAUAAAAUCAUGAUUGUCAACAAAAAGUACGAGAUUACGAAGAAAUGAAGGUAGAGUGGUUGUUUACGUUAAUUUUCAAUUUCUAGUGGACUUGACUUUCUGUAUUUGUUUCUGUGCCAAUUAUGUACGGGUUUUAUUUAUUAAUGUAUAAAAUACAGAAAAACUAUUCUUACUUUAGUGAUGUUAUUUUUUUGGUAUUUUAAUUAAUAAGGCCUAGUUUCGUGUAAGUACCUAUUUUAAUCGUGUUAAAAUCGGAACUGUAAGUAGAGUUAAUAGCUAACUGUGUCAGUAUCUCAAUCUAGUCAUAUAAGAGCUAGAAAACUAUAAAUUGUACCUACUAAAAUGUGUCCUAGACAAAAUGUCCAUAAAUAAAAUAAACUUCCUAC